AUGAUGACCUCGAGGACCAACGACCAGCUGCGCCCGACGAGCCGUCGUGGUGCGUCAGGCGCAUGGCGUCGCGGCGACCGCCUCAAACCCGCACCUGCAGAUACGCUCGAGCUGCUGAACGACUUUCGCACGCAAGAGUUCUACUUCUCCAAGCUAAUCGAGCGCUACAUGCGCCUCUGUGCCAUCAACCAAAAGCAGCUCUCCACCCUCUUCGCCUCCAUAACUCUCAACGACGCCCCCUCCACCAACGCCCUCGGUCUUCCUCUUCCCACCGCCGCCUCAGCUCCACCAGACACCCUCCCCACCUCCCCUCCAAACUUCAACAGCCCUCCUAUAAAUGACCUCGCAACGGUGCUCAGUGCCUUCCGUAAACUCCGCGAGGCGAUCAUUGCUUCCGGCCGCAAAGACGCCUUCGCGCGCCGCGCAUACUUCUUCGGCAUUCACGCCGCCAUCCUCUGCAAAGACUGGGCUUCGUAUCUGCCAGCCCUGACAUACCUCCUCACCGUCCUGCACGCCGCAACACCGCUUUCCCCGCCCGAUCUGAAAGAGUACGUAGGCCUGCUUGUCCUCGAUCAAGCGUGUCGGCAAGGCGACAUUGCCUUGGCACACGAAACGCGGCUUAGAUACGCGUACAAAGACCGGAGGGUAGAGCUGGUGCUGAAGGCGCUGGUUGCGGAUAAUUGGGUCGUUUUUUGGAAGAUGAAGAAGGCGGUUGAUGGGUAUCAGAGGAGUGUUAUGGAGUUUGCGGAGCAGGGGGUCAGGUUGCAUGCUUUGAAGUGUUUGGGGAGGGGAUAUUUGAGUGCGGAUAAGAGAUUUGUGGAGAGGAGUGUGGAGAGGGCAUGGGCGGAGUUGGUGAAGGAUGGGGUAGGGUGGGAGUUGACGGAGGAGGAUACGGUUGUUAUCAAGAAGCCCAAGGGAAAAUAA